GGACAGCGAACGGCCUGUGGGGAAACAAACUAGCGGCGAUAGCUAUGUGGCUUCAGAAUCAAGCUCUGCAGCGACACUCCCUUAUUAGUUGUCGAUCCGGACAGUCGUAGGGUGUCUGGGGAACAUCAGCCGUAGCGGCUGUCAUUGUUUUAAAUUGGGGUUCGGUCCAAUAUGGCGGAAGACGGAUGGAAAUACUGAUGACAGUCCGAAAGAUCGCCUCGAUUUGUACGAUGGGCACCAAUGCCUCUGCCUUGGAGAAGGAGAUUGGACCGGAACAGUUUCCCGUGAAUGAACACUACUUUGGGCUGGUCAAUUUUGGGAACACCUGUUACUGUAACUCAGUAUUGCAGGCCUUAUAUUUCUGCCGGCCUUUCCGGGAGAAAGUUCUGGCCUACAAGGUCCAGCCGCGCAAGAAAGAAAGCCUGCUCACCUGCCUGGCAGACCUCUUCAACAGCAUCGCCACCCAGAAGAAAAAAGUGGGGGUCAUCCCACCCAAAAAAUUCAUCUCAAGACUAAGGAAGGAGAAUGAAUUGUUUGACAACUACAUGCAACAGGACGCCCACGAGUUCCUCAACUACCUGCUCAACACCAUCGCCGACCUGCUGCAGGAGGAGAAGAGCCAGGAGAGGCAGCAGAACGGGAAGGUGGUGCAGAACGGAGGGAGCGGAGGAGGAGGAGGUGGUGGAGGAGGAGGUGGGAACAGCAGCACGGGGGAGGGCGACACAGAGGAGAAGGUCCAGCAGACAUGGGUCCACGAGAUCUUCCAGGGCACACUGACCAACGAGACGCGCUGUCUCAACUGCGAAGCGGUGAGCAGUAAAGACGAGGACUUCCUAGACCUGUCUGUGGAUGUGGAGCAGAAUACGUCUAUAACACACUGUCUCAGGGGCUUCAGCAACACGGAGACAUUAUGCAGCGAGUACAAGUACUACUGCGAGCAGUGUCGGAGUAAACAGGAAGCACAGAAAAGGAUGUGUGUGAAGAAGUUGCCCAUGAUUCUGGCCCUCCACCUGAAGCGCUUCAAGUACAUGGACCAGCUGCACCGCUACACCAAGCUCUCCUACCGCGUGGUCUUCCCCCUGGAGCUGCGGCUCUUCAACACCUCCGGAGACGCCACCAACCCCGACCGAAUGUACGACUUGGUGGCCGUGGUGGUCCACUGUGGCAGUGGUCCAAACCGGGGUCAUUAUAUCACCAUAGUAAAGAGUCAUGGGUUCUGGCUUUUAUUCGAUGACGAUAUUGUAGAGAAAAUUGACGCUCAGGCUAUCGAGGAGUUCUAUGGCCUGACCUCGGACAUUUCCAAGAACUCUGAAUCGGGAUACAUCCUCUUCUACCAGUCCAGAGACUGAAGGAACGAGACAGAGACUGCUGAGUUGGAAAGGGACCUUUAAAAAACUACUUCAGAGAGGGAGAGAGGGAAAGAGUGGAGAAGGCCGGGCUCCUCCCUUAGCAAGCUCUCCCCCGUUUAGUCAUCCAAGAUUGUUGGAAGACGGGGUGUCGGGACGGAAGAGGCUGACUGAGUUCCUCUAGACACUCAGAAGCAAAGCAGAACGGCAGCGCAGUCAGAACGUGACGCUGCGCGACACCUCCUGUGCCCCCCCCACCCCCC